GAAUAUAUCGUACAAUCAACAAGCGCGAGUUGUUAUGUCCGUGACUUAUGCAUGAUUUAUCCUAAUUUAAGCAUCAUCUCUUUAGGAAUUAGUUAAAGCAAAAUAUUCUAUCAUUUAAAACUAUAAAAUGUUUUAUCACAUAUCUCUGGAACACGAGAUCCUUCUCCAUCCCAGAUACUUUGGGCCACAACUGCUGGACACAGUUAAACAAAAAUUAUACACGGAGGUAGAAGGAAAUUGUACUGGAAAGUAUGGAUUUGUUGUUGCGGUCACAACAAUUGACAAUAUCGGUGCUGGGAUUAUCCAACCAGGACAAGGGUUUGUCGUGUAUCCUGUCAAAUAUAAGGCAAUUGUCUUCCGACCUUUUAAAGGAGAAGUCUUAGAUGGUAUUGUCACACAAGUUAACAAGGUGGGCAUGUUUGCAGAGAUUGGACCCUUAUCGUGCUUUAUCUCACACCAUUCGAUACCAGCUGAUAUGCAGUUUUGCCCAAAUGUAAACCCACCGUGCUAUAAAUCCAAAGAUGAGGAUGUUGUGAUUCAAGCUGAUGACGAGAUAAGAUUGAAAAUUGUUGGUACAAGAGUCGAUGCCACUGGAAUUUUUGCAAUCGGAACAUUGAUGGAUGAUUACUUGGGUCUUGUUUGUAAUUGAUUUAUCUUCAUAUUACAAGAUGAAAUUCCAUUUUCUUCAUUUAUAAAUACUUAGAAGAAUUAAAACAUUAUUUUUAUUACAUUAGUGAUGAUUGAUUUCAGUUAAUAUAAGUAUAUUGAUCUAGAAAAUAAUAUUAGUUUCUUAUGCAUAUAGCAUUUUAUAUGUAAAUUUGUUGACACAAACUAAGAUUCAGACGCAGACAUACUAUGUUACAUAAAUAUGCAUUCAAAACUGUAUUUCAAAUGAAAACCUCAUGUCGAAUAAGAUUAAAGUUCUAUAAAUCGGCGCAAUCCCAAAUAUAGAAUAAUUGUACAUUUUACAUAAUAAAGGGAGUUUAUAAAAAAACGGAAAACGCUUGUAUAAACAAAA